AUGGCCGCGACUACGAAUGGCGACUCUUCCGCAACGGCGGCUUCACUUGACAAUAUCAAGCCGCCGCCUGGAGUUAUCAUCCCGCCACCGGGCGAGAUUCGCGAGGCGAUCGAGAAAACGGCCGGAUAUGUUAUGCGUGGUGGACUCGGACUCGAACAGCGCAUUCGCGAAAACCAUGGCAAGAACCCGAAAUUCAGCUUCUUGAUGACCUCGAGCGAUCCGUACAACGCGUACUACGAAUGGCGAAAAUCAGAAAUCAAGGCCGGACGCGGCACCGCCGUUGCCGCUGGUCGCGUCGGCGAGGCUGCCGUAGCUCCAGCCAAGGAAGAGCCAAAGGGCCCUCCCAAGCCGCCCGACUUCCAGUUCUCAGCCCGUAUGCCUCGUAUGAGCCAGAAAGACUUGGAAAUUGUGCGACUAACCGCCAUGUUCGUCGCAAAGAAUGGUCGCCCAUUCAUGACACAGCUCUCCCAGCGUGAGGCCAGCAACCCGCAGUUCCAGUUCCUGAUACCCAACCACACCUUCCACAACUUCUUCCAGAGCAUGGUCGAUCAGUACUCCAUUCUCCUGCGCGAAGGCGGUGUCAACGGACAAGGCAAGCAGGCACAACAAGAACGCAUCGCCGAACUCAAGCGGAACGUUGACGACAAGUACCACGUGCUGGCGCGUGCGAAACAAAGGGCAGAGUAUGCGAUCUGGCAGGAGGCUGAAAAGGCCAAGAAAGAGGAGGAGGAGGAAAAGAAGAAGAUCGAGUUCGCUCGUAUCGAUUGGAAUGACUUCGUCGUCGUUGAGACCAUUGUCUUUUCGGAAUCAGACGACCAGGCUAACUUGCCCCCUCCCACGACGCUCAACGACCUCCAGUAUGCUUCUCUAGAAGAGAAGAACAAAAUGUCGAUCAGCUCCAACUUCCGGAUCGAAGAGGCCUUCCCCUUCGAGGACACCAACUAUAACGCUUACCCCCCGCAACAAUACGGAGUCCAAGCGGCACCUUCUCAACCAGCCCAGCAACAGCAAUACCAAUCUCCGAAUACUCCCAAUGCCCCGCAGGCAUACGGCACCGCUCUACCUGUUGGGAGCCAUUCAAGACCAGAAGAGGAGGAAGCGGCCCAGAGAGCGCGGGCGGAACAAGAGGCUAGGGCACGGGUGCAGCCAACCGGUGGACUGGCGCCGAUGAAGAUCAAGGAUAACUAUGUUCCUCGUGCAGCGCAGCGCGCGGCCAACAAGUUCGGUUCACAAAUGGCUUUGUGCCCUAACUGCAAACAGCAAAUUCCCCUUAACGAACUGGAUGAGCAUAUGAGAAUUGAACUCCUUGAUCCACGGUGGAAGGAACAGAAAGCCAAGGCGGACGCGAGAUUUGCUACAACUAACCUCUCAACUGUGGACGUUGCCAACAACCUCAAGCGUCUGGCUAGCGCACGUACCGAUGUUUUCGAUGCAGUAACUGGUCAGCCCAUAUCCGAGGAAGAGCAAGCUCGAAGGAAGAAGGUGGCUAUGCACAGCUACGACGGAAAUCCCGAUGGCAGGAGCCAGGCACAUAUCAACCAGUUGCAGACCUUCAACCUCGACGAACAGAUCAAGGCCAUCCAUCAAAAGUUUGCCGACAAGAACAACUUCGGGUCCGCCGCCCCGGGUGCGCGCGCGACCUCUCCCACCUCACCAACAUCGCCCACCAGCCCGGUCAGCCCAACGGGCUCUCAGUCGGAUAAAGCAAAGGCGGCAGCGGCUGCUGCUGCCCGUCUGCACCGGCCCAUCAUGCAGUCCCUACCGGACACGCGACAACAGUCGUUCGAUGAGAUCUACGGACCGCCCGAGAACUUUUUGGAGAUUGAGGUCCGCAACCCCCGAACCCACGGUAUCGGCCGCCACAUGUAUACCGACUACGAGAUCGUAUGUCGCACCAACAUCCCCGCCUUCAAGCUGCGGCAGUCGACGGUGCGCCGCCGCUACUCGGACUUUGAGUACUUUCGCGACAUCCUGGAGCGGGAGAGCGCCCGCGUGACGAUUCCCCCGCUUCCCGGCAAGGUGUUUACCAACCGGUUCAGCGACGACGUGAUCGAGGGCCGCAGGGCGGGUUUGGAGAAGUUCCUCAAGAUCGUCGUUGGACACCCGCUCUUGCAAACGGGGAGUAAGGUGCUGGCUGCUUUUGUGCAGGACCCCAACUGGGACCGUAACGCAUGGUGA